AUGAGCUUGCGCUACCAUGUGGAGCUAACAUUUGCUAAAUUAUACCUUUUCUCCAUAAAUGAAACUUGUCAAUUUGAAGACCAUUCCAUUGAGACGACUCAUUUUGAGUCGUUGCCGUCUGACUUAGCCGACGAUUCAGCUGUUUGUUCCAAUUUGCCAUAUUUCAAAGCGAUAACCACAAUCGCCAAUUCUUAUGGUAAUCGUCUUGUGGAUUUAUUAUGUCGUUAUCGUCUACCGUUGGAAUCAACUGUCAACAGUAGUAUUCAUGUACAGCAGUUUGAUGAUGAUGAUGAUGAUGAUAAUCACAAUAAUGUUGUCAGUUCUCUUAAUGCGAUUCAUUCAAAUAGUAAUGAUUAUUUAUUACGAUGCGAUAAACAAGACUCUCUGCUCGUUGAUUUAAUAUGUACACAAUCAGAUGAAGGUAUCGAUGAUUUUUCACGAUCUAGAACCUGUUAUGGUAAUGCAGAUGAAGCUAGUCUAUGGGCUCCUGCUUUGUGGAUUAAAGUUGUGACUCGUGAUUCAUCUCGUCUUAAUAAUGCUUGGCGAGGUGAAGCUUCUUCAAAACAUGUAGCUUGUUUGGGACGUCAAGCGGAAGAAUUAGUCCUAGCAUCUCACUGGUAUCAACGAGGUCAACCGAAACAUUGGAUUCGUGUAAUCGUACAUUGGCUACCACAUGGAUCUUUCUGUGCUGAAAUCAAUGAUAUAGAUUCAGAUUUACGUGAAUAUCUUCAGAAUAUUGAUGUGACAUUACUUACUGGUUCUAAUCCAUGGAUUAAUAACUGUGAUAUUCCUGCUAUCAUUUUCAAAAGUCCUAACUAUACUGUAUCUCUUAGAAAUUUAAUCUUACCUGUAUAUAAAUUCAAGAAAUUUUUAAAUAGUUUUACUGAAUACGAUAACACGUCUGGUGAUUUCAAACAAUUUAAAUUUGAAGCUAUAGAAAAGAUACUGUCAUUGUUGAAUAGAUUGUACAAAACAGUUAAUCACGAAGAACAGAAGGCCAGUAUUUUUACUGAUGAAAUGUUAUUUGAAGUGGAUGAUUCAUUGAAUUCCUUUAACAUUACUUAUCCAAUGGAUGCAGUUUUACAGAAAUGUGCAUUAUGGCCAUUUCUAAUAGAUUCUUAUGGUCGUUUAGAUGAAGUAAAUCGUAUAAAUUUGGAUGUUUCAGCUUUGAUUGCUUUUGUCUCUGAACUGUCACAAUUCAAUCCAACAUAUUCUCCUACUGAUCAAUUGAUAUCAAUUGACAAUAAUGAUAAUCGUGCCGAAGCUGUAUCUGAUAAAAUUCUAGAAUGUUUACAAUCAGUAGAAAGACAUACACAAUUACUGUUGAACCAUCCUCCACUGAAACCAGAAAAAUUCGAAUGGCUAAUAGAAUCUGAGGCUGAAGUACCAGUACUUCUAUCGAUGGAUAAAUAUCUUCGAGGCAAAGUACCCGUUGUAUGCUUAAGUGCUGUUCAUUCAUUUUUAAAUAUUCUUGCCUUAAUAUCUGGACCAAGUGAAUGGAAACGUGGAAUUCGAUUAAUUAGUCACUUAGUUAUAUUACCUGAUUUAAAUUCAUCAGGUGAAAUAAUUCCACCAUUUAGUAAAACAAGAGAAUCUAAGAGUUCGAAUUAUUUAUUAACUCAACGUAUCAUGGAAUUCGGCAAUGUAUUAGAAGCGCUGACAAUAACAUCAAAUGCUGGUUUCCUAAGAUCUGUUCGUAAAUCAAACCUUAGAUAUUCGGCAUUGUUGCUGCCUGCUCGUGCUCUAACAGAAAACACUCCACGUAAUGUUGGAUCAUCUUCAUGA